ACGGCACUCUACUCGUCUCCACGGCUCCGCUCCUCCCAUGAGAUGGGAGCCUCCCCCUCUCCAAACCCUGCCUCCUUUCGCCUCCCCUCCUCGUCUCUCCCUCCCAAAAGACCAGGGUUUCUCCCGUCCCCCCCGACCUUCCUCCCCAAAUCUAGGGUUUUCUCCUCCAAUUCCCUCGCCGGAGGCGACCGGAGCCCACCCAAGGAGCAGUCGCCCAAGACGAGGAUAGAUCGCCGUAGCCAAGCGCAGGGAGGAAGGGAGGAAGAGGACCGGCCCGUGCAUUGCGAGGUGGACGUGGUGUCCUGGCGAGAGCGGAGGAUUAAAGCUCGGAUCUUGGUCGAUGCCGAUAUCGAGGCCGUAUGGAGCGUUCUCACCGAUUAUGAGCGCCUCGCGGAUUUCAUCCCCAAUCUUGUUUCCAGUGAGAGGAUCCCUUGCCCGCACAAGGGGAGGAUAUGGUUAGAGCAGAGAGGGUUGCAGAGAGCGCUGUAUUGGCAUAUUGAGGCUCGAGUGGUGUUGGAUCUUCAGGAGAUUCCUGAUUCGGCUAAUGGGCGUGAGCUACAUUACUCCAUGGUUGAUGGGGACUUUAAGAAGUUUGAGGGGAAAUGGUCUGUCAAAGCUGGUCCAAGAUCUUCAACAGCGAUUUUAUCUUAUGAAGUCAAUGUGAUACCAAGAUUUAAUUUUCCAGCCAUUUUUCUUGAAAGAAUUAUUAGAUCUGAUCUUCCUGUGAACCUUCGGGCCUUGGCAUGUAGAGCUGAAAGAAAUUCAGAAGAAAAUCAAAAAAUGCUUACUGCCAGGAAUAGUGUGGGUGCAUCUUGUAGGUCCUCCAAUCCAUCUUCCCUUGGCUUGUCUGCUGCUGCAUGUGAGACUGAUGCACUCUCCUCUAAUAAGUUGAAGGAAAAAGAUGCCUCUUCUGCUUUUAGUACUACGCUUGGUUCACCAUCAACUGAGUUGAACAGCAAAUGGGGUGUUUAUGGAAAAGUCUGCAGACUUGAUAGGCGAUGUAUGGUAGAUGAAGUCCAUCUUCGUAGAUUUGAUGGCCUAUUGGAAAAUGGAGGGGCUCAUCGAUGUGUUAUUGCUAGCAUCACGGUCAAGGCACCAAUUCGAGAAGUAUGGAAUGUGUUGACUACCUACGAGGCAUUGCCUGAGAUUGUUCCAAAUUUGGCUAUCAGUAAAAUCCUGUCUCGAGAUAAUAAUAAGGUUCGCAUUCUACAGGAGGGUUGCAAGGGCCUAUUAUAUAUGGUUCUUCACGCCCGUGUUGUUUUGGAUUUGCAUGAAGAACUUGAAUGUGAGAUUAGCUUUGAGCAAGUUGAAGGGGAUUUUGAUUCAUUUCAAGGAAAAUGGAUUCUAGAACAGCUUGGAGAUCAACAUACACUAUUGAAGUAUAUUGUAGAGUCAAAAAUGCACAAAGAUACCUUCCUAUCAGAGGCUAUUCUGGAAGAGGUUAUAUAUGAAGAUCUUCCAUCCAACUUAUGUGCCAUUCGUGAUUUUGUUGAAAAAAGAGAAGCUGCCGGAAAUGAACCCCCAAAGUAUCCUGACAAACUAGUGGUUCCAGUUUCCAACUAUGUGCACGUUAUAGAAAGCAAGCCAGCUGAACAUGUUUCUAUUACCGAUGUCUCAGCAAUUCCUUUGAGACAGAGACCCAAGGUUCCAGGUUUACAAAGAGAUAUUGAAGUUCUCAAAGCUGAGUUGAUGUCAUUUAUCUCAAGGUAUGGUCAAGAUGGGUUUAUGCCUAUGAGGAAGCAACUUCGCAUGCAUGGACGAGUGGAUAUUGAGAAGGCAAUAACUCGCAUGGGCGGAUUCAGAAAGAUUGCAGACUUGAUGAACCUUUCACUUGCUUACAAACAUCGCAAGCCAAGUGGCUAUUGGGAUAACCUAGAGAAUUUGCAAGAAGAGAUAAGAUGGUUCCAGAAGAGCUGGGGAAUGGAUCCUGCUUACAUGCCCAGUAGGAAGUCUUUUGAGCGUGCAGGACGCUAUGAUAUUGCUCGGGCAUUGGAAAAAUGGGGUGGCCUGCAGGAGGUUUGUCGCCUUUUAUCUCUUAAGCCGAGACAUCCCAGAAGACAUUUGGACUUCGACAGAGAAGAGCAACAUGAUUUCAAGGCACGCAGUGAACCGGAUGGUGAAGAAAAGAUACAAAGUAAGCCCUAUAUUCCUCAAGACACAGAGAAAUGGCUCAGGAAGCUGAAGGAUUUGGACAUCAACUGGGUGGAGUAAAUUUGCUGUAUGUUUUCUCAUCAGCAUACUUUUGCUUUUUUCUCCUUGCAGCCUCUCUUUUCACCGCACCUUGUAAUUCUCCAAAUUAGUGUUUGUUAAUCUGCUUUCAAUGCCUUGUAUUCAGUUCAGGGUUGGAUAACCUGUUUUGUAAUGGUGAGUCUCACACUGUAACCUAUUCGAAUGAUAUUAAAGAAUUAGUUGUUCUCGAAUCCUACUUUAAAUGACCAAAAAUGAGAGUAGCUGUUAUUUUAUUU